CAUUCAUUUCCGAUGCUCUUCCGCAAGUGUCUUCUUCAUGGAUCCUUCCGAAGCGCGCGAAUCGUCGCAUCGCGUGAGCCGAUGCGCUACCACGUCAACUGCCCCUCGAGUGACCGCAGGGGCACGACCAUCUGUGCCCUGUCUUCCGGUCAUGGAAAAUGCGGCGUGGCGGUGGUAAGAGUAUCGGGAAGUCGAUCUUUGGAGGCGCUGAAAAAGAUGACGAACAUAUCCAAGCUGGAACCAAGGAGAGCUUUCUUGCGGAAGAUACACGAUCCGGAAACGAAGGAAGUAAUCGACAAUGGGCUUUGCUUAUGGUUCCCUGGUCCGCACUCGUUCACCGGUGAGGAUUCUGUGGAGUUUCACGUGCAUGGUGGGCCAGCGAUCCUGACUCGAUUGAUGCAGGCUCUUUCGAGAUUGCAGGUGCAUCCGGCGUUGCCGGGUGAAUUCACCAGACGUGCCUUCUACAAUAACAAGUUGGACCUGACGGAAGUCGAGGGCUUGGCCGAUUUGAUAGAGGCCGAGACUGAAUGCCAGAGGAAGCAGGCGUUGCUACAGGCCGAUGGAGUCCUGCGUAAACUGUAUGAUAGCUGGAGGAAGGUGCUGUCGGAAUCCGUGGCCAGUCUCGAGGCGUACAUCGACUUCGGCGAGGAAGAAAACAUCGAGAGCGACGUGGUACAAAAUGCACAUCGCGCUCUCAGAAAACUGAUGCGGGAUGUAGAGGAGCAUUUAGCUGACGGUAGGCGGGGGGAGAUUCUACGCAGCGGGGUGAGAACUGUGAUCGUCGGCGAGCCCAACGUGGGCAAAAGCAGCCUGCUGAAUCACCUGGUGCAGCGAAACGCCGCCAUCGUCACGCCCGUCGCCGGCACCACGAGGGACGUCAUCGAGCUGACCGCGAAUAUCUCGGGUUAUCCUGUGCUGAUAGCGGACACCGCCGGCAUCACAGAGGACACCGAGGACAUCGUCGAGGUCGAGGGUGUCCGUCGAGCGAGAAGCCACGCGGAGAACGCCGAUUUCGUGAUCGUCGUAGUGGACGCGUUGAAAUGCGCGACCAGUGGAAUGACGUACCAAGAUUAUAUACGGGGGUAUUUGUUGUCAUUAGGGAUACACGAGUUGCUGGCGAAGCUCGGGAAGGAACGUUUCAUCGUGAUAGCGAAUAAAAAAGAUUUAUUAAAGGAGGAGGAGGAAUGGCGACUCGGUGAUACCGAAGCAGUUUUAGUAUCCUGCAAAACGGAAGACGGCUUUCGGGAUUUGCUGCGAUCGCUGACAGAUUGUUUCGGUAAUAUAUGCGGCAAUCCAUCUGCGGAGAGUCCGACUAUUAGUCAGGCGAGGCACAGAAAUCACUUGUCGCAGUGCCUGAGACAUCUGCAGAAUUACUUCGAAUUAUGCGCCAAUGAGCAGCACGACGUGGCCAUAGCGGCAGAGGAAAUCCACAAAGCAAUGCGGGAACUCGGAAGGAUAACGGGACAUGUGAGCACUAAUGAAAUAUUAGAUAUUAUAUUCAAAAACUUUUGUAUCGGCAAAUAAAGCGCUACUACUUUGUACGCAGUUUUUCUCUUAUAAAAUAUAUUUAUAAUAUUUUCAGUUGUGGAAUAAUUACGAUUGGAUACGUUAUUUAAAUGUAAUUAUGUUCUUAGGAAUAGCAAUGUGAAGUAGAACGAAUGGAAAGAGGGAAACCUUCAUAAGCAUCGUAUGUUUAUUAACAAUGUUACACGCACAAUCAUACAUAGAACAACCUUUUGCCUGAUUAUAAGAUAUCGAUACCCUACUCGUUAUACACAGAUAGGGCUCCGUUACGUGGUUUCAAGUCGUUAUCUGUAUGCCAUGUCCGUGUUAUAUGUGCUAAUUGUAUCUCGUUAUUAUGACAUCGGUAUCAUAACAACUCCGCUCGCUCUUGCAAAACGUAUAAUUUCACUUGGCGAAAUAACAAAAGCAAAACAACUUUACCCAAGGGAAAAA